UGCGUGUUGUCCGAUCUCCUUCCUAGAGGAUCCCUAACCAUAGAUAAUGACAUGAGGAAGGUCACUUUUAUUAAACCAUUUUCGAAAGCAGUUUUGCAAUCUAUAAUACCGUUAUGGUGUAAGACAAAGCGGAUGUUAAUCAGGCAGACUUAUCGGUCACAGGUCGCAGUUAUCGUUAUCAUGGUUUAAUCGGAAUUUUUUCCGCGGCCAUCGAGGUCGAUGAUGUACCAAUUAAGUUCAACGGUGUGCCAUAAUUAUGUAUAUAAUCGAUUAGAAGAUAUGUGCGCUCGAUGCAGAAAACGCAUCUUCUUCGGUCCAGUGACCGAAGGAUAUUUGGCGAACGAGGAAAUGUGCUGUUAGUCACCGAUUGAUUUAGCUUAGCAAAACUAUGUAAGAACCGAGUGUCUUAUGUCAUCAAUCUCCUGUUCACGUGUGUAAUAUCAUCGAUUAUCGAGUGCGGGGCAUGUGGCGGUAGCUUUAAAAACGGGCACCGCAGUGCGUACCGCACUGAUAUCGUCAAAAUUCUGAGCAAAUGGGAAUAAAGGAAAUAUCAGAUUGUCGUUAACUUCCCCCAGGAUGGAAAUUCUUUGUUAGACACUCUAAGGACACGAUAUUCGGAAUGGAAGUUGUUUGGAAAAGCAUUAAAUUCAAAUAUAUCUUUGCUUGUAUUUUGAUUACAUUUGUCAUUUCCUGCUUGAUAAGCAUUGCUCCAAUAAGCAUAGAUGAAUGCAAGUGUGAAAUACCUACACAACAGAGUCACUAUAAUAAUCAUAAACAGAUAAACAAUGGUGAUAAAGGUCAUAGGAAAUCAUCGCAUCGUUUGGCAAUACUUGUGCCAUUCAGAGAUCGUUUUGAAGAACUUCUAAUAUUUGCUCCACACAUGAAAAAGUUUUUAGAUAAACAAAAUAUAGAUUAUCACAUAUUUAUACUCAAUCAGGUUGAUAGGUUUAGAUUCAAUAGGGCCUCUCUUAUAAAUGUAGGCUUCCUUGAAGUUAACAAGGAGUUCGACUAUAUAGCUAUGCAUGAUGUAGAUUUAUUGCCUGUAAACGAUGAAUUGUUAUACUCUUUCCCUACCAAGGGGCCUUAUCAUGUAUCUUCUCCAGAAUUACAUCCUAGAUACCAUUAUUCAACCUUUGUUGGAGGCAUAUUACUUAUUAAAAGAGAACAUUUUAUACAAGUAAAUGGAAUGUCUAAUAAGUACUGGGGCUGGGGUCUCGAAGAUGAUGAGUUCUACGUUAGAUUAAAAGAAGCUGGUUUACUAGUCUCAAGACCACAAAAUGUAUCUACUGGAACACACAAUACAUUCAAACACAUUCACGAUAGAAAUCACAGGAAAAGAGACAUGAUCAAAUGCUAUGAUCAACGAGAAGUUACUCGGAAACGGGAUCGCCAGACUGGCUUAAAAAAUGUCUCAUAUAAGUUAUUGAGUACAAUUAAGAUGACUAUCGGGGACACUCCAUUAACCGUCCUUAAUAUUUCUCUAAUGUGUGAUAAGCUGAGUACACCAUGGUGUGAAUGUGAUAAGGUAAUGGGCUCUAAAGACGGUAAAUCGAAGGAGAAGAAAAAGGUCAAUAAUAAUAAGUCUGCCACUGGAUUGUAACUGUACCAACGAGAACUGUAUGGAGAAAUAUAUAUGUAUAUAAUUAAAUGUAUCUUCUUCCCA